AUGGUGGACAAACGGGGGCACGAGGAUGGAGCGGAGGCGGCCCCGGACUCAAAGAAGGCUCGGGUCGACGGUGCAGCGGCCCCAGCAGCUCCUCGUGUCAGCGCAGAGAUGCUGGAAAAGCUCGAGAAGACAAAGCGGUUGCUACAGGCUCAGAAAGAGCUACAGGCAAAGUUGAAAAAGCUGCCGCAGGUAGCGAGGGCCCCUGCAGGAGCAGCAGCAGGAGCAGCAGCAGGAGCAGCAGCAGCAGCAGCGGCACCAGCCGGCAACGGCGCCGCCCCCAACAUCGCCGCCGCAACGCAGCGAGCCAUCGAGAUCGCCUCCCAAUUUGGCCUCUCGCCCUCAAUCCGCCCGCCCCCCGGCGCCGCCCCCGCGCCGCUCCCGCCGCCCCCGUCAGGCCCGCCUGGGGCCGCGACCGCCGCGGCCGCGCCGGCACCGCCCGCGCAGCUGCCGGCCGCGGGGGUGGCGGGGUUCCGGCCGCAGCCGCUGCUGUUGGACUCGCAAGGGCGGGAGGUGGAUGAGUUCGGGAAUGUCAUUAAGCGGAAGGUGGCACCAGUCAGCACACUCAAGGUCAACCAGCGGCCGCCAGACCAGCCUGCAGGGCCGUCCCCAGAGGAGCUCAAGGCAGCGGCCGAGGCGCAGGCAGCUGAGGAGUUCAUAGAUCCACGGAUGGGCGGCGGCCCCGCCGGCCGCCGCCGCCGCGGCGGCCUGGAAUUCAUCGAGCAGGGCACGUUCCAGCGGGAGGCAGAGAUCAUGCGACUGCGGCAGCAGUACGGCGACGCGGCGCUGCGCCGGCGGCCGCCGCGACCGCGCGGGCCGGCCGGGCCCGGGGAGGACCCGAACCGGAUGCCGCUGGGCACCGGCGCGGGCGCGGCGGCGGUGGCGGCGGCGGCGGCUGGCGGGCAGGGGACGGACGCGAACUCGACGCCGCUCGGGGCGCAGGUGGGGGAGGAGGAUGAGCUGCGGUCGUCGCUGCCGGAGGGCGCGGUGGUGCCCGAGGUUGAGUGGUGGGACAAACCGCUGCUGGUCGGUGGCAGAUACGAGGGCAGCAGCGCGGCGGCGGCGGCAGCAGCAGCGGCGGACAAAGACAAGGAUGAGGACGGGGACGACGCGGCGGCGGGCGGCGGCGGCGGCGGCGGCGGGCCGGGCAGCAUCAGGGAGGCCAAGAUUACGAUCUAUGUGGAGCACCCGGUGCCCAUCGAGCCGCCCGCAGGCGAGCGCCGCCCGUAUUGGACUGCGUCAGACUGCUUGGUUUUCGCUCUCGGCAGCCUGCUGCUCGCGCCGCAGCGGGCCGAGGGCCCCGCCCCGCCGCCCCAGCCGCUGCGCCUGACGGGCAGGGAACUGAAGAAGCUGCGCACCCAGCGGCGGCAGGCGCGAGAAAAGGAGAAGCAGGAGCUCGUCAGGCAGGGGCUGCUGGAAGCGCCCAAGCCGAAAGUCAAGAUCUCAAACCUCAUGCGCGUGCUGGGGGCUGAGAGCGCGGCGGACCCGACGGCGGUGGAGGCGGAGGUGCGGCGGCAGAUGGCGGAGCGGCAGGCUGCGCACGACGACAGGAACCUGUCCCGGAUGCUGACGCCCGCCGAGAAGCGUGAGAAGAAGAUGCGCAAGAUGUUUGACGAGACCGGGGUCGAGGAGCUCACUGCGGUGUACAGGGUGGAGGACCUGAGCAACGGGCAGCACCGCUUCAAGGUGGAUGUGAAUGCCAAAGAAAACCACAUGUCAGGCGCGAUGAUCAUUGGACCCGACUUCAGCGUGGUGGUGGCAGAGGGGUGUGCUAAGAGCCUCAAACGGUACCACAAGCUCAUGCUGCGGCGCAUAGACUGGACCCAAAAAGCGGAGCCGCGCGGCGGGGGCGGCGGCGCGGAUGGCGACGGCGGCGGCGACGAGGAGGAGGAGGAGGAGGGGCCGGGCGACGGGCGGGAAAACGCGUGUCAUCUAGUGUGGGAGGGCGUGGUCAAGGAGGCAGCCUUCAAAGAAUUCACGCGCCACGAGGCGCCCACUGCCGAGGCGGCGCGCGCCAUCCUGGAGAAGGCGGGCGUCGCGCACUACUGGGAUGCGGCCGCCAACUUUGACCCGAGCGCGGCGCCGCUGCCGAGCGCGGUGCAGUAG